GCAUUUCUGAGAUUAGCGGGUUGGAGCAGUGGGAAGGUUUCAGAUUUGAGAUCCAUGCUCAGAAAUCAACUAUCCAGUUGUCUGCAGAGCGCCCGAGACGGGACAAUGGAGGCCACCAGCCUGCCAAAUGAAGGCCAGUUUGCCCCAGGCUCCUUCCUGGAGAAGCUGAAUUCCCUGGUGAAAGGAAUCGGCAGCCCCAAUCCCGAUGUGGGGAGGGCUCCACGCAAAGCCUUUGACAAGAGAUGGCUCAGUCUACCACAUCCAGCCUCUCCCCCUGCUGAGGUGCCGGUGACCGGAUCCCCUCCAUCAUCUUGCUCCAACGGAUUCCGCGCUGUUGUACCACUGCCUGUGAGCGCUCAGCGAGAGCCUGUCACCAAACCGAUCGCUGAGGCUAGCGUCUCAUCUGCGCGGGAAAGCAGGACAGCCGCCUGCCCCCCGCUUGCUCCUGCAGCUCCUCACCAGGCCUCCAGCAUGGCCCAGGAACCUUCUCCCCAGGCGGCUCUGGAGCUUCAGGGUGGCACCAGCAGCCUCGACGAGCAGGCCCAGCAGCUGGAUGCGGAGAUCAAUGAGCUGAUCCAGCAGUGGGAGCUCAGGCCUGAGGAUGAGGAGUGGGAGAACACAGCCUCUUCUGUGCUGCUGAAGAGUAAAUGGUGCCGGGGUGACCCCAUGGAGCUGGACGACGAGUUCAUUCGGGAGGACCCUGCCUACAACGCAGACAGGGUGGAGAGCGAGGCUCGGGAAGCAGAUGAUGUAGAGGGCCAGACCAGCAGCCCAGCAGUGCCACCUUCCUUGCCCUCCUCCCUUGCCCAGUCCUCUGAGGCUGUCCCAGACAGCCAGGGGGUCUAUUCCCUUAGACCCAGGGGCCCUGCGAAGGAGCGUUCAGCAGAGGAGGAGGGAGACACCCCCACGGAGGAAAGCUCAGCAGAGGAGGAGGAGGGAGACUCCCCUGGUAGCUCCACAGAGGAGAGCUCAGCCGAAGAGGAGGAGGAGGAGGAAGCUGAGUGCUCUCCCCAGCGGCAGAGGAAGCGGGGGCCCCAGGGAGGGACGGCUCCGCGUGUCUACCCGUGCCCCACCUGCGGCCAUAAGUUCGCCAACAGCAGCAACAUGCGGAAGCACCUGCGGAUCCACACGCGGGAGGCACUGUACUCGUGCCACGCCUGUGGCAAGUCCUUCACCGACUCCUCCAACCUUACCAAGCACCAGCGCGUGCACAGCGGGGGCCGGGAACGCCCCUUCAGCUGCUCCAAGUGCCCCAAGGUCUUCGCCUCGGCCCCCGAUCUGCAGGAGCACCUGCGGCGCCACGAGGGCAUCCGGCCCUUCCCCUGCAUGGACUGCAAGCGCAGCUUUGUGUCGCAGGCAGAGCUGCUGGCGCACAUCCGCAACCACGUGGGGCAGCCCCAGGGCCUGACCCCCAAGCCCUUGCUGCACUGCGAGGACUGCAACAAGAGCUUCGCCGGCCCCAUGCUGCUGCGCCUACACCAGCGCCGCCACAAGGCCUACGUGUGUGACGAAUGCGGUGCCGUCUUCACCCUCGAGUUCAAGCUGCUUUUCCACAAGAGCCUGCACAAGGGGCUGCAGACUUGCACGCGCUGUGGGGUGCAGUACACAGGAGGGCACUUCUGCCGGGCCCAGGCCCAGGCCCAGUCCCGUGCCUCCCGGCCAGGACACAACAGUGCCAAGACUCCGGGGACUGCAUCACUCGUGGUUAGAGUCCCUGACUCUGUGCCAGCAGAAGGCUCCACCCCGGCCAGGCCUCCAGCCCCAUUAGCAGUUGGGCCCCCAGGUUCUGUCCCGGCCAGGCCCCCAGCCCCUGCCCCAGCUGGGCCCCCAGGCCCCCAGCCCCACUAG